AUGGCACCGCCAACUUUUAAGCCAACGCUGGUGGAGCAGCUUUUUCAAUAUACGUGGGUAAUCAAUGCGAAGAGUGCAGCUGGAAGUUUUGAGAGCAACUGCAGCGAAGAUGAAAGAUCGACCGACUCUGCCCCAUUUGUCAGUGCGGCGGCUGCCGCCGCACGUGUGCGCAAGAUCCACCUAGACGCCGUGAUGCUCAGCGCCGAAACGCUGCGGCUUUUUGUAAUAGAAGCCUGUCGUCGCGCACAGACGGAAGCUAUGGUGGAUGACAGCGAACAGGCAGAGCCGCAGCACGUGGAACAAAUAUUGGCACAGCUGCUACUGGAUUUUUAG